AUAAAACUAAAGCACUCCGAAAAGUAUUUGACGCAAAAAUAAACCUACUCAAUACAAUUGAAGAAGCAAAAACAAUCUUCAAUGCUCUAAAUAUACAACAUACCUUUGAUAAACUUUACAAAGUACUUGACGAAAUGCAAGAUACUUCUGAAGAAGAAAGAGAACCAUACACUAUGCAAGCUUGUAUAAACUGUCAAAGAUUACACAUCAAGUAUAUACGACCCAAUCCAAACGAAAACUGUGAAGACUGUGCAUCGCAAAGUAAACAGUGCACUUUUGGAGUACCAAAGAAAAGAGGACCUAAACCUGGAUAUAAACUAGAUCCAACAUACAUAGAAAAUAAUCAAAAGAAAAUUGAAAAGUUAAUUCGAGAAAAAGAAAUUCAACACAAAAAUAAACCAAAUUACCUGUUUGAAGAAUAUCUCAACGAAAUACCUAUUCAAUUAAAAUUCAUACAACAAGUAAUUAUUGAAACAAUUACAGUACACGUUGAACAAAAUGAUCUCGAAAGAGUAAUUGACGAAAGAAAUAUUAGUCAAAUUAUCUUCCUAACAAGAGAAGGAAUAUCACUCUAUUGUUUAUACGAAAUAGAAAAUCACCCUACCAUCAACAAAACUCUUGAACAAAUAUCACAUUGCAAAAGAUAUCACGAACUAUUCCAAGUAAUAACUGAACUCCAAGAAUAUCAAAUACAACCAACAGAUAAUUUAACAGUUGAAGAACAAGAAUCACAAUCACAAGAAAUUGUAUCACGAUAUAACCAAAAUAAGAAUACCUAUAUUCAAGAAAGAAAACAACUUCGAGAAUUAAAUGCACAUACUACUUCAAUAUAA